AUGAAGACCGGAGUAGCAGCCGCGCCGCCGACGGCGAAAAGCUUCACUUUUGGAUCUUCCAGACUCUUCGCCUUGGCGGAGAAGCUGCGUCUAUAUAAGCCGCCGCCGCCGCUUUCUUCACUGUUCGACGAGGCGGAAGAGAUGCGUGCGGAGGGCAUCGGGAAAUCGAUUUCCGACGUUGGGUUUCAGGAAUCUAUUGCUCCGGUGAGGUUUAGACCGAAGAAAGCGGCUGUUUUGGUCUGUCUCUUCGAAGGAGACGACGGUGAUUUGCGUGUAAUACUCACUAAGAGGUCUUCCACACUGUCCACUCACUCGGGAGAAGUUUCUUUGCCAGGUGGUAAAGCAGAAGAGCGUGAUAAGGAUGAUGGUUAUACAGCAACCAGAGAGGCAGAGGAAGAGAUUGGAUUAGACCCUUCGCUUGUUGAUGUUGUUGCUUUCCUCGAACCAUUUCCGUCUCAGCAUCUGCUUAGAGUAGUUCCUGUAGUAGGAAUAUUAUGGGACAAAAAAGCAUUCAAUCCAACGCCAAAUCCUGCAGAAGUGGAAGCUGUGUUUGAUGCACCCCUUGAAAUGUUUCUGAAGGAUGAGAACCGAAGAUCCGAGGAGAUUGAGUGGAUGGGGGAAAAGCAUUUGGUCCACUUCUUUGAUUACAAAACAGGAGAUGAGGAUCAUGUUAUAUGGGGUUUAACUGCCAGAAUUUUGAUAAGAGCUGCAACAGUGGUUUACCAACGACCACCUGCUUUCAUUGAAGGGAAAUCUAACUUUAAGUACUCCAGAAUGCAUACUGCUUGCGUUAUCAAAGUUGGAAUAGUAUCAGGAUGGGAGUUUUUGUGCAUAUCUAAAUCAUUUGACUUGAAGCCAAGGUAUGUUGCGGUGAUGUUUGUAAUUUACAGCUGA